AGGAAUAAACUCUCAACCCAAGUCCCUUGUCCUCACCAGAGAACUACUGUGAAGCAGGGAUUUUGGCUUCAGUUCCUUAUCUACGGUACAAACAGGAUUUUGCUUUAAAUAGUUAGCAGUCAGUUGUAUGUGUUCCAAAUCAAAAUAUCUUAAAUUUUUAAAAUAGAAUUAUUCAUUCUUUUAGUACGUAUUUUCCCUCCUUAUUUCAGCUGUUUGGAAAUAUUUUAUAUUUGGGUAAGUUGUGCAGCUGUGUAGUUUGUACUUCUCUGUAUUUUUUCUUAUUCUUAUUGGAAAUGGGAGUGAACAGCUUAAAUACCAAACCAGUGUUUGAAAGAAGUGUGUACAGAGUGUGUGGUAUAAAUGGGGCUGGGAGGGAGAUUCGAUACAUUUCGUUAGCAACUGCAAAUGGAAUAUAUACAUAUAUAUUUUUUUAAAUUACAUAAAUUUAAACUGGCAGAUAUUUAAACAUGAGUGAUUAGGAUUUUUAUAUGUGGUCAGCCUGGACUUUCUGAACAAAGACCAACUGAGCCUCUCCCAGUACUCUGGUGAAUUUUUCUCCAGCAACCAUUACCCUAGUCGUAGCUGUAAAGUAACCAGCAGUGAUUUGUGUGGUUUUGUUUGCUUUUUAAUUAAAGAUUCCCAACAUCACCACCACCAAAUCACAAAUUUUUUGGCUCUGGACUUUCAUAACACAUGGUAGGCUUUUCCGAUUUUAGUGUUUUUUGUUGGGUGUGGUGGGGGGCAGUGGAGGGAUGGGACAACUUCAGGAGACUCAGAGCCCAAAAGUGUAGGGUGGCAAAAGAGCCUUGUGGGAGGAGAUUCUCUGGUGAAGCUGGGGCAAUGCCCGACUUGGGAGAUGGAGUGAUACUGACUGGGGGGGAAGAUCUUCAGGUUUUCCCAGCGAUAACUCACCUCUGCUUGCUUAAGACCAUGUUGAAUUGGAAUUACGGCCCGGGGGAGGGGGGCGGGGAACUGAUGGGACCUGACCAGGGGCAGCCCCAGCUAUUGCUGUCUCUGCAUAGGGUUAUGCCCAGAGCAGCUGCUUGCAGGUCAGGAUAGGGUUUCAGGGCCAACAGAGAAAACCCCAUCCUACCAGUGCAACCGAAAGAAGGGGGAGCUUCACCGACAGCCAGGGUUUCACAAACAGCAUUUAUAUCCCUCCUGCCAUCUGAGCUCCAAGCUCAACUCAGCCUGUCUUAUAGCAGGAAGUUAUAUUUUUAAAUCACGUUUGGUAUUCUGUACUUAAUUACCUUUCCCUAUGAUUUGCAUUUGAAAUGUUGUAAACUUGGUCAGUAUUUCCAUUAAAAUAUCAGGGCUCAUGUUGUGUAUAUACUUUUCUUCCUAAUGAUUUUAUAGACAAGGACUUCAUAGCAUUCCCAGGAGGGGGGGAACAAGCUGCCAACAGAUUACCAGAGUAACGUGAGGAUGAAAUUGGAGGUGUUUCUGGCAUUAUGGCUUCUCUGAACUCUUCAGUCCCGUGUAGGGAAAUACAUUAUUCUGUUAGGAUCAUGAAUUCUAUGUCUGUGAUCUGCAAUCUCAAAUCAAAAUCUUCGGAGUUUCUGGCGAUGGGCAGCACUUAGCCAUAUACAUAAAAUAAAACAUGUAGUAGAGGAAGCUGAGGUUACUGGGGUGCAAAGUCCUCUCUAUUUAACGCACGUCUGCCGAUUGGCUUGAAACCACCGGUCCUGGCGCCCCGGCUCUUGCCACGUUAAGCAGACAACGGGUUUUCGAGAUAGCCAGAGGGCGGGCUAGGACCAGAGGGCAAGGAGGUUCCCGCUUGCAGCUUCUGAGACUAGCUGACCUGCGUCGGCAGCAACCCAGGCUCCCGUCGUGCCUAACGUCUUUUGCAGAAUCAAAGCGUCAAACUUAUUUUAUUUAGGGAUUUGCCCUAAAUGGCCACCAGCUCGGACGAGAUAAGAGGAGAGCAUCGGAAGCGCGGCUUUUAGCUUUCAGCUCCCUGCUCAAAGUUCAGAGCAGCGAGACUUUACAGAGCCGCCGGUGUUCCAAGAAAAGCUGCCCGGGCCUGGAAGGCGCCCUUCGGACGCCGGAACCUUUGGUUCCAGGCCGUGGACCGCGCCGGCAGCGUUUGGGGCCUUCCGGGGAGAGGAGAGAGCGCGCGGCGAUGGCGGCGGCGCCGGUCCUGAAGCACUGGCGCACUACGCUGGAGCGGGUGGAGAAAUUCGUGUCGCCGCUCUACUUUACCGACUGUAAUCUCCGCGGCAGGCUCUUCGGAGACAGCUGCCCAGUGGCCGAGCUCUCCAGCUUCUUGACGCCCGAAAGGCUUCCCUACCAGGAGGCAGUCCAGCAGGAUUUCCGCCCCGCGCAGGUCGGCGACAGCUUCGGACCCACAUGGUGGACCUGUUGGUUCCGGGUGGAGCUGACCAUCCCAGAGGCAUGGGUGGGUCAGGAAGUUCACCUUCGCUGGGAAAGUGAUGGAGAAGGCCUGGUGUGGCGUGAUGGGGAACCUGUCCAGGGUUUGACCAAAGAGGGGGAGAAGACCAGCUAUGUCCUGACUGACAAGCUGGGGGAAGAAGACCCCCGGAGUCUGACCCUCUAUGUGGAAGUAGCCUGCAAUGGGCUCCUGGGGGCCGGGAAGGGACCCAUGAUCGCAGCCCCUGACCCAGAGAAGAUGUUCCAGGUGAGCCGGGCUGAGCUGGCCGUGUUCCACCGGGAUGUCCACAAGCUCCUGGUGGAUCUGGAGCUGCUGCUGGGUAUGGCCAAGGGCCUCGGGGAGGACAACCAGCGCAGCUACCAGGCCCUGUACACAGCCAACCAGAUGGUGAACAUAUGUGACCCCGCCCAGCCGGAGACCUUCCCAGUGGCCCAGGCCCUGGCCUCCAAGUUCUUUGGCCAACGUGGGGGUGAAAGCCAGCAUACCAUCCAUGCCCUGGGGCACUGCCACAUUGAUACAGCCUGGCUCUGGCCCUUCAAGGAGACCGUGCGGAAAUGUGCCCGGAGCUGGGUGACAGUCGUUCAGCUCAUGGAGCGGAAUCCUGAGUUCAUCUUUGCCUGCUCCCAGGCGCAGCAGCUCGCGUGGGUGAAGAGCCACUACCCUGGCCUGUAUGCCCGGCUCCAGGAGUUUGCCUGCCGUGGGCAAUUUGUUCCCGUGGGGGGCACCUGGGUGGAGAUGGAUGGGAACCUUCCCAGUGGAGAGGCCAUGGUGAGGCAGUUCCUGCAGGGACAGAGCUUCUUCCUGCAGGAGUUUGGGAAGAUGUGCUCCGAGUUCUGGCUGCCAGACACAUUCGGCUACUCAGCGCAGCUCCCACAGAUCAUGCGCAGCUGUGGCAUCAGGCACUUCCUCACACAAAAACUGAGCUGGAACUUGGUGAACUCCUUCCCGCACCAUACCUUUUUCUGGGAGGGGCUGGAUGGCUCCCGGGUGCUGGCCCACUUCCCGCCCGGUGACUCAUAUGGGAUGCAGGGCAGUGUGGAGGAGGUGCUGAAGACUGUGGCCAAAAACCGGGACAAGGGGCGUACCAACCACAGUGCCUUCCUCUUUGGCUUUGGGGAUGGGGGUGGUGGCCCCACCCAGACCAUGGUGGACCGCUUGAAGCGGCUGUGCAAUACAGAUGGGCUGCCCAGGGUGCAGCUCUCUUCUCCGGAGCGACUCUUCUCGGCGCUGGAGGGCCACUCGGGGCAGCUGUGCACGUGGGUCGGAGAGCUCUUCCUGGAGCUACAUAAUGGCACCUACACCACCCAUGCCCAGAUCAAGAAGGGGAACCGGGAGUGUGAGCGGAUCCUGCACGACGUGGAGCUGCUCAGCAGCCUGGCCCUGGCCCGCAGUGCCCAGUUCCUCUACCCAGCCGCCCAGCUGCAGGACCUCUGGAGGCUUCUGCUCCUGAACCAGUUCCACGAUGUGGUGACUGGAAGCUGCAUCCAGCUGGUGGCAGAGGAAGCCAUGUGCCACUACGAAGACAUCCGUUCCCGUGGCAACACACUGCUCAGCGCUGCAGCCGCAGCCCUUUGUGCUGGGGAGCCAGGUCCUGAGGGCCUCCUCAUUGUCAACACACUGCCUUGGAAGCGCACUGAAGUGUUGGCCCUGCCCAGGCCUGGUGGGGCCCACUGCCUAGGCCUCAUCCCCAGCUCUGGUGACAGUGCCCAGCAUGGGCUAUGCUCCUGCUCCCACCCCCACCUCACUGCAGCCCCUGCUGCCCCAGCAGCCUGUGUUUGUAGUGCAGGAGCCUCUGCAGACUUAGCCUCAAGGCCCCCUCCCACCAAGACUGACGGUUCUGUGACUCUGGACAACGGCAUCAUCCGGGUGAGGCUGGACCCAACCGGCCGCCUGACGUCUCUGGUGCUGGUGGCCUCCGGCAGGGAGGCCAUUGCUGAGGGUGCUGUGGGGAACCAGUUUGUGCUGUUUGAUGAUGUCCCCCUGUACUGGGACGCGUGGGACGUCAUGGACUACCACCUAGAAACACGGAAGCCAGUGCUGGGCCAGGCAGGGACCUUGGCCGUGGGCACCGAGGGUGGCGUGCGGGGCAGCGCCUCGUUUCUGCUGCAGAUCAGCCCCAACAGUCGGCUCAGCCAAGAGGUUGUGCUGGACGUCGGCUGCCCCUAUGUCCGCUUCCACACCGAGGUGCACUGGCACGAGGCCCACAAGUUCCUGAAGGUGGAGUUCCCUGCCCGUGUGCGGAGCCCCCAGGCCACCUUUGAGGUCCAGUUCGGACAUCUGCAGCGGCCCACCCACUACAACACCUCUUGGGACUGGGCCCGAUUUGAGGUGUGGGCCCACCGCUGGAUGGAUCUGUCAGAGCACGGCUUUGGGCUGGCUCUGCUCAAUGACUGCAAGUAUGGCGCGUCAGUACGAGGCAGCGUCAUCAGCCUCUCCCUCUUGCGGGCACCCAAGUCACCUGACGCCACGGUUGACAUGGGGCGCCACGAGUUCACCUACGCGCUGAUGCCGCAUAAUGGGUCCUUCCAGGACGCUGGCGUUAUUCCCGCUGCCUACAGCCUCAACUUCCCCCUGUUGGCGCUGCCCGCCCCGGGCCCGGCACCCGCCGCCGCCUGGAGUGCCUUUUCAGUGUCCUCGCCUGCAGUUGUGUUGGAGACCGUCAAGCAGGCGGAGACCAGCCUCCAGGGCCGCAAGCUGGUCCUGAGGCUGUACGAGGCCCAUGGCAGCCACGUGGACUGCUGGCUGCACACGUCGCUGCCGGUUCAGGAGGCCGUCCUCUGUGACUUCCUGGAGCGCCGUGACCCUGCUGGCCCCCUGCCCCUUCGGGACAGACGCCUGAAGCUCGCCUUUUCUCCCUUCCAAGUGCAGUCCCUGUUGCUCGUGCUGCAGCCCGCACCGAGCUGAGUCCCUGAGCGUGGGGUUUUGUUUGUGGAAGGCUUUGGGGGUUCCUCAUUUCUGCCUCCCAAGCCUGAUGCAAGGAUCAGUUACCUCUUGAACAAUAAAUGCGUGGCUCAGGAACCCUGCUGGUAGCCCCUGCUCAGUCCCCUCAGGGCCCAAACUCAGGCAUUGAGGGGGGGAAGUUUUUGCCCCAGGCAUCUGGGGACAGGGGCAAGAUCUAAGGUUAUCUGUGCACGCAGGGUCUGGAUU